AAAUUCCUCCCCAAAAUGUCCUUUCCCAACAGCUCUCCUGCUGCUAAUACUUUUUUAGUAGAUUCCUUGAUCAGUGCCUGCAGGAGUGACAGUUUUUAUUCGAGCAGCGCCAGCAUGUACAUGCCACCACCUAGCGCAGACAUGGGGACCUAUGGAAUGCAAACCUGUGGACUGCUCCCGUCUCUGGCCAAAAGAGAAGUGAACCACCAAAAUAUGGGCAUGAAUGUGCAUCCUUAUAUACCUCAAGUAGACAGUUGGACAGACCCGAACAGAUCUUGUCGGAUAGAGCAACCUGUUACACAGCAAGUCCCCACUUGCUCCUUCACCACCAACAUUAAGGAAGAAUCCAAUUGCUGCAUGUAUUCUGAUAAGCGCAACAAACUCAUUUCUGCUGAGGUCCCUUCGUACCAGAGGCUGGUCCCUGAGUCCUGUCCCGUUGAGAACCCCGAGGUUCCUGUCCCUGGAUAUUUUAGACUGAGUCAGACCUACGCCACCGGGAAAACCCAAGAGUACAAUAACAGCCCCGAAGGCAGCUCCACAGUCAUGCUCCAGCUCAACCCUCGCGGCGCGGCCAAGCCGCAGCUUUCGGCCGCCCAGCUGCAGAUGGAAAAGAAGAUGAACGAGCCUGUGAGUGGCCAGGAGCCCGCCAAAGUCUCCCAGGUGGAGAGCCCCGAGGCCAAGGGCGGCCUUCCGGAAGAAAGGAGCUGCCUGGCUGAGGUCUCCGUGUCCAGUCCCGAAGUACAGGAGAAGGAAAGCAAAGAGGAAAUCAAGUCUGAUACUCCAACCAGCAAUUGGCUCACUGCAAAGAGUGGCAGAAAGAAGAGGUGCCCUUACACUAAGCACCAAACGCUGGAAUUAGAAAAAGAGUUCUUGUUCAAUAUGUACCUCACCCGCGAGCGCCGCCUAGAGAUCAGUAAGAGCGUUAACCUCACCGACAGGCAGGUCAAGAUUUGGUUUCAAAACCGCCGAAUGAAACUCAAGAAGAUGAGCCGAGAGAACCGGAUCCGAGAACUGACCGCCAACCUCACCUUCUCUUAGGUCCCAGGCCGGUCGGAGGCCGGGAUCGGAGAGGGGGCACCGCGUUCCAGGGCCUAGUGCUGGAGGACUGGGAAGGCGGAAACAAAACCUUCAUUGCUCUUUGUUUUUUGUUUUGUUUUGUUUUGUUUCCUGCUAGAAUGUGACUUUGGGGUCAUUCUGUUCGUGCUGCAAGUGAUCUGUAAUCCCUAUGAGUAUAUAUAUUAAAAAAACUAGCACGUGUAAUUUAUUAUUUUUUCAUCGUAAUGCAGGGUAACUAUUACUGCGCAUUUUCAUUUGGAUCUUAACUUAUUGGAACUGUACAGCCUCUAUCAGUCCAUUCAUCCAUCCAGCAAUGUGACUUUUUCAUGUUUUUCCUAACACAAAAGGUCUGUGUGUGUGGUUAAUCCAUGAUCUCAUGGCGUUUUGAAUACAUCCAGUACUUUAAAGUACUUAAAUUACAUAUAUAUUUAAAAAAGAUUAAGAAAAUCCACAAGCUUUGGGGGGAGGGGGACUAAAAAAGCACAUUACAGUGUAUCUUUUCACAAAUGAAUUUAGCAAUUGUCCUUGGUGAGAUGGAAUAUUGACGACUUAUGCCUUGUAGCCUUCCCUUGUGGUGCAUCUGUGGUUUGGUAGAAGUACAAGAGCAACCUGUCCUUUCUGUGCAUGUUCUGGUCGCAUGUAUAAUGCAAUAAACUCUGGAAACGAG